AUGCUUUCCAAUCACAACACCAUUAAUACACUCAACACUUAUCACUAUUUCCACUGUUUUUGGCCUAAAUGUCACUUCAAGACUCAUAGAAAAGAUAUUUUAGCUGAACAUCAAUUAAUUCAUUCAAAUUCAAAACAAUUUAAAUGUGAUUUUCAUAAUUGUAAUAAAGUAUAUACAUCAAAAGUUAGUCUAUUUUUGCACAGAACUAGUGUUCAUUUAAACGUGAGAUAUGUAUGCGAUUGGAGUGAAUGUCGCAAACAGUUUACUAGAAAACGAUCUCUACAUCACCACAAAAGUAGUGUUCAUUUGAAUGAAAGAAAAUUCAAAUGUAAUGAAGAAAAUUGUGGCAAAUAUUUCGCUGAAAAGUCAAAUCUAAUUCAACACCAAAAUAAUGUUCAUUUAAACGUGAGAUAUGUUUGCGAUUGGAGUGAAUGUCGCAAACAGUUUGCAAGAAAACGACAUCUAAAACAACACAAAAGUUGUGUUCAUUUGAAUGAAAAUAUGGCCUACAAGUUAAUUUGA